GAGUUUUUCAUCACUGGUACCGACGAACAUGUCCUUGGUGUCCCGCAACGUAGCCGCGAUCAAGGUCGCUGGCGCCCGUGGCAUGGCCACGGAGAAGCAGAUUCUCAUGCGUAUCAACGCCACGUCCAACAUCGCCAAGAUCACCAAGUCGAUGAAGAUGGUGUCGGCCGCCAAGAUGCGUGGCGCCGAGCGUCGCAUGAACGACGGUCGCCCGUUCGCCACGUGGUUGGAAAACACCAACUCGAAGCUUCGCAUCUACGAGAAGGAUGGCUACGUGCCCGCCGAGGAGCUCAAGGAAGGCCACAACACGUUUGUGCCCAUCACGUCGGACCGUGGUCUCUGCGGUGGUUGCAACUCGUACAUUGCCAAGGCGGUCCGCCUCCAGAUCAACGAUGUGACGGACAACUCGAGCAUCUUCUCGAUUGGUGACAAGGGCCGUGGCCAGCUUCGCCGCACGCACGGCAAGUACAUCAUUGCUAACGCCACCGAGACGUGGAUCAACCCGACCAACUUUGCCAAGGCGUCGGCGCUCGCCGAAGUCGUGCUCGCCGUGACGCCGGCCGACGAGAAGCUCCACGUGAUCUUCAACAAGUUCCAGUCGGCCAUUUCGUACCAGCAGUCGAUCCGCACGAUCAACACGGACCCCGAGACGUACGCCGACUAUGAGCUCGAGCCCGACAACAAGGAGGAAGUCCUCCUCGACCUCAAGGAGUUCCAGCUCGCGACCGCCAUCUUCCACGGCAUGCUCGAGUCGAACACGUCGGAGGAGUCGUCGCGCAUGACGGCCAUGGAGAACGCGUCGAGCAACGCGUCCGACUUGAUCUCGAGCCUCCGCCUCGUGUACAACAAGGCCCGCCAGUCGCGCAUCACGACCGAGCUCAUCGAAAUUAUUUCCGGCGCGGCCUCGUUGGACGCCAAGCAGUAAGCAGCUAAGAAGACGAAGACGCCUCCUCCUCUAUCAGCCAACGAUGAUGAUUAACGGAUGAGCAACACGCUGUACCUUGAAUGUGA